AUGUCCUCUACCAACACAACCCAGACCUGCGCGCUCUGCAGCAAAGAGGCAACUCUUCGCUGCUCUGGCUGCGGCGACAGCCCAGAGUACCGCCUUGGUGAUGCGCUCGACACCUUCUACUGCAGCCGCGCGUGCCAGAGAGAGCAUCGUCCGACCCACAAGUCUCGCUGUAAAGCCAAAGGACUUCGAGUGAAGCUUGGUCGCGCGGUGAUCAUGCUAAGGCUCGGAAUGUUGACUUACCGAGAGAUCUUUUACGACCUCAACCUGACAAAAGUCGAGUCCCGGGAUGACGUUUUGUUUCUCCAUCACAAAGAACCGAAACCAGGAGCCUCGUUCAAGUUUCGCCCGUUUCCAAAUCACCUUGUAACCAACUGGGUCAUACAGCACGCUGUGCUGUGCCAUAAUCAGUCCAUUGCGGCUAUAGCUUUGCUGGGACGCCUGGCAAGAAAGCUUUUCCCAGAUGCAGGUGUUCCCUGCACCCUCGAAACCUUGGACCUCCACUUAGGCAACUUCGGCGUUUGCACAAGAACUGUUCCCGGGCCCGAGCAUACCAACAUCAUUCACACUGUGAUCAAAGUGACGCUCAGCUUCCCGCCCAACAUCGCUACGGAGCCAGAGGCCUGGGUCAUCGAUCCUGCAGGGUGCCAGUACGGAACCCCCAUUCUCGCUCCUUACGAGGAGUAUAUCGCCGCACACAAGUGCCGUAUCUUGAACGGACCAAGCGCAUACACCGCGACCGAGACAACGGACGUUGAUGAUUUCCAAUCCUUGCUUGAACUGUCACCCCACUCUGAGAUACUGAAUGAAAUGCAAAACUGGGACUCUCAACGUUGGCUCCUGGAACGCAGGGCUCGCAUGAAAUUCGCGGCAUGGGUGGAUGAAGGUUCGGGUUACCAUGUAUGGAAGCGAGCCUUGGAUGGCACGUCCCACGAAUGGUUGGAAAAGCUCAGAGCUUCCAAGUCGGUCAUCAGACGGUUCCUACUCACCAGGUAG